AUGCUGAUUCUGCUUUUUUCGUGGCACUUUGUCGCUGCCGUGGUGCUUUUGGUGGCUGCAAAAUACACCUACACUAGGAUAAGACACCACAGACUCGCUAAAAAUUGGGGAACUCAGAAAAUCCACGACCGCAAAGAAUGGUGGCAGACUUUGCCGAUUCUUUUUGACAAUUCCAUCGAUACCUCGUCAGGCUACUUUUUGCAAGGAGUACACCAGCGGUUUGGUCUGGCGAAUGCGUUUUCACUCGCUAUUCCUGGAAAACAGAUCAUCAUCAGCCAGAGCCCGAAAGUCAUGAAAGCGAUGUUUCUGACGCAAUUCAGCGAUUUCAAUUUGGGCGUCCGGGUUCCUGCUUUUGCGCCGCUUUUGGGAAACGGCAUCUUUGCGGCUGAGGGGCUGCAAUGGAAGCAUUCUCGAAAUCUUCUUAAACCGCAGUUUGUAAGGGAGCAAGUGGGCCAUGUCGAGAUGCUCGAGCCGCACGUAAAGCUCAUGAUAGAGCAUAUAAAGCGGAACAGCGGGUGUGAGUUUGAUUUGGAGCACCUUUUUUAUGCUUUUACUUUGGACGCAGCGACACACUUUUUGUUUGGCGAAAGCACCGAUGUUUUGGGAGAAAAGGGCGGCAACGUUGCGUUUGACAAGUCGCUUCAGUACGUUGGGGAGUACUUGGCCAAAAGACUGUCUCUUUUUGACUUUUACUGGGUCGCCAACAACAAGGGUUUCAGAGAUAACAUUAAGCAAAUCCACGACUACACGCAGCAGUUUGUGGACAAGGCGUUGGAUUUGAAACCAGAGGAAAUUGAGUUGAAGUCAAAUAGCGGGUACACUUUUCUCUACGAGUUGGUCAAACACACGAGAAAUCCUGUGGAAAUCAGGGACGAACUUCUCAACAUCAUGAUCGCAGGAAGAGCCACCACGGCGCUGCUUUUGCUGUCUGUUUUCAUGGAGCUCGGCAGAAAUCCACGUGUUUGGGCUAGUUUGAGAGAAGAGGUUCAGCGUCAUUUUGGCGGAGGAGAAGCCAUCACCUUCGAGAGUCUCAAACGGUGCACCUACCUCAAAUGGGUUAUCAACGAAACACUCAGACUCUGGCCACCGGUGGCUCUGAACUUGAGAGAAGCUGAAAAAGAUACGUCAAUUCCAGAAGGCGGCGGUCCUGAUGGCCUUUCACCAGUUUUCUGUCCUAAAGGCUCGAUCAUCGUGGUGAUGCUUUUCAGCAUCCACAGACUGGAACAGUACUACGGACUGAAUGCUAACGAUUUUGUUCCUGAGCGAUGGCUGGGAUUGUCCAAAAUCGGCUGGGCUUUUAUGCCUUUUGGAAGCGGUCCUCGGGUCUGCUUGGGUCAGCAGUUUGCGCUUACGGAGGUGCUGUAUGUGUUGGUUCGUUUGGCUCAGGCUUUUGAGAAGUUGGACUACUGUGGAGAGUAUCCUCCCAGGAUCUUGGCCAAUGCCGUUUUGAAGUACAAGGAGGGGGUGCCCCUGAGAAUGGGCUAG